AUGAAUGUGAUAGAUCAUUCAAUCUCCUACGUUACGCCUUCUUGGAGAACGUCGGUCGGACCCACAGACCCUCGUUCAAGGAAUGUAUUAAGCCUUGAAUCUCAGUCUCCCACUGGUGGUGGAUUCACUGUUUCUGGUUAUUCAGUUCUGACAUGUGUCCAAGGAUCAAUAACAGCGGCGUCCUACACAGUCGUGGUCAGAGCAACACAUGAUGGUGGUAACGGUUUACAUGCGGAUUUGACUUUGACGAUAACAUUUACAGACGUAGCACCUGCGGCUCCAGAGUUUGUAAAGCCUAGCCCGAACACUGCAGACGACGACCACCCUAUCGCUUUACUAGAAACAAUUCAAGCAGGCGAAACAGUGCUUACACUUACAGCCACUGAUGCAGAUACCGAUGACUCAACAUUAACAUUCAACAUGGAUGCAAGUGCGGAAGCAACAAGAGAGCUGUUCGAAAUAGCUGGAAAGGAAUUAAAGGUUAAAGAUAGUGUUGUUAAUGAUUAUUUCGAUGCAGAGAAAGAUGGAGUUGUUUUUCAAUACCCUAUAGUUCUAGAAGUAAGCGAUAGAGAUUCUUCUGCAAAUUUGUCAACAACCAUCGACGUAAAAGAUGUUAACGAUAAUUCUCCUGAAUUUUCUGGGACGUUUACGACAGAGAUAGAAGCCAACGUACCUGAGGGUUUGUACGGAAUUUAUAGGGAUUUCAUGUUAAUAUCCUAUCACAAACGGAUUAAAUAUGACUGACAAUUUUUACUGUCA